AUGAAGAUGUACCCAAAAUCUGACUCAGACAUGACAAGCCCUGACCUAUCAUCAUCAUCACCAAAACGUCCCACUUACUACGUUCAAAGCCCAUCUCGUGACUCCGACAAGUCUUCCUCCGCUGCCUUAACUCAUCAAACCACUCCCUCGGAGUCUCCGUCACACUCACACCCAUAUUCGUUUGCUAGCCGCGUAUCCAACGGCGGUGGCGGAGGAUUCCGGGGGAAAGGACGUAGGAAAUAUCACCGAGGAAGAUGGUCGCCGCCGGCUGAUAAAGAUGAAGUUGGUGGUGAUGGACAGUACGAGGAUGCUUAUGGAGACAACAACAGAGGAAUCUCAAUCGCUACUUGUAGAUUUAUUCUAGGAGUUGUUGCGACAUUGACACUCUUUUUUCUUAUCUGUUCUGUUCUCUAUGCGGCUUCUCAAUCCUUCUCUCCGAUCGUCUACGUCAAGGGUGUGAAUGUGCAUAGUUUUUACUACUGGGAAGGUUUAGACAGCACAGGAGUUCCAACAAAGAUCAUCAACAUCAAAUGUUCAAUGGAGAUCACAACACACAAUCCUUCGACAUCUUUCGGCAUCCACGUCAGCUCCUCUGAUUUCAAACUCAUCUACUCUCGUCAAUUCACACUUGCCAUUGCUCCGUUAAAGAGUUAUUACCAACCAAAAGAGAGUAACCACACGUCUAGAAUCAACCUCGUUGGCUCCAAUGUUCCACUCUAUGGCGCAGGAGCCGACUUAGCUGAUUCAGACCAUAACGGUGGAGUUCCAGUGAAGUUGGAUUUCGAGAUCCGAUCACGUGCUAAUAUUGUCGGAAACAUGGUCAAGUCUAGGCAUCGGAAACACCUAUCUUGCUUCUUCUUUAUCUCCUCCAACACCACCAAAUUUGUAAAAUUCACCAACAAGACUUGUAGUUACUAA